UUUAAUAUAGCUUUAUAUAGUAGUAUCGUUCGUUAUCCAUGCCCAUCAACUAACAACUACUACACUACUGAGAUGCUGCUUCCUGCAAUUCACUUUCAUUGCACUUCAUUGUACUUCUUCCCUCAUCAAUUCCCCAAAACCAAAUCCAAAUCCCUCAUUCGGAGCUCCGACACUCAAACCCAAUCCCAAACCCGAACUCUCUCCGACUCCGCCAUUCAACGAAUCGCCGACAAGCUCCGCACUCUCGGCAUCACAGACGAAACCCCCACACCACAACCACCACCACCUCCGCCUCCUCCCUCCUCCGCCGGCGAAAUCUUCGUUCCCCUACCUAGCCACCUCCCUAAGCGCCGCGUGGGCCACACCAUCGACCGCAGUUGGACUGGAGCAGCGAAAGAGGAGAAGAGGAGGAGAGAGGAGAGAAUGCCGACGUUGGCGGAGCUGAGCCUCUCUGAUGCGGAGAUUCGGAGGUUGAUGAAGUUAGGGUUAGGGAUGAAGCAGAAACUGAAGGUUGGGAAGGCCGGCAUCACCGAAGGAAUCGUGAACGGAAUUCACGAACAAUGGAGGAGCUCCGAAGUGGUGAGAAUCGUUUGUGACGAUCUUUGUAGAUUCAACAUGAAAAGAACUCAUGACUUGUUGGAGAGAAAAACUGGAGGUCUUGUUGUUUGGAGAUCUGGAAGUAAGAUAAUAUUGUACAGAGGGACUGAGUAUAAGUACCCGUACUUCUUAUCUGAUAAAGUUUUGAGAGAUGACAACCCCGGUGAUGCUCUGCAACGUAUGGAUGAGGAUGAUAAAAAUCAUGAUAAAAGAGAGGACCACUCAUCUGAAACAAAUUCAGUGACAUAUGCUGGUCAUAGUUCAAAUGUCAAAACAGCAAAACCAGCUCUGAUCCAAGGUGUUGGUACUCCCAAUAAAGUAAGAUUUCAACUGCCUGGUGAGGCAGCGCUUGUGGAAGAUGCAGACUGCUUGUUGACAGGGCUCGGGCCACGAUUCAUUGAUUGGUGGGGAUAUGACCCUCUGCCUGUUGAUGCUGAUCUUCUACCUGCUGUUAUUCCUGGCUAUAGGAAGCCUUUUCGCCUUCUUCCAUAUGGUGUGAAACCUAAACUUACAGAUGAUGAAAUGACCACAUUGAGGAGACUUGGCAAACAUAUACCAUGUCAUUUUGCAUUAGGUAGAAACAGGAAUCUUCAAGGAUUGGCUGCUGCAAUUAUUAAGCUUUGGGAAAGAUGCGAGAUUGUCAAGAUUGCUAUAAAAAGAGGUGUGCAGGAUACUAACAGUGAGAUGAUGGCUGAAGAGAUAAAGCAUCUGACUGGAGGAAAUCUACUUGCUCGGGAUAAAGAAUUCAUUGUUUUCUAUAGAGGAAAGGACUUCUUGCCAGCUGCAGUGUCUUCAGCAAUUGAACAGCGGAGGAAUGUUGGAAUGUACAAACUGAAGACUGGAAACAGUUCAUUAGUUACAGUCGCUCCAGACCUGAAACAAGGAGCUGUAGAAUGUGAUUCUGCUUUGACCUUCCAGAAAGAUAAUAAACAAGUAACCUGGACUGAUGCUGAGGCAGCUAUUAAAAGCACUAGCAUGAAAUUGUCAAUGGCACUAGAAAAGAAAGAAGAAGCUGAAAAACUUCUAGCAGAGUUGGAAACUGCUGAGAGCCCCCAAGAACAAGAAAUCAAUAAAGAGGGUAUUACUAAAGAAGAGAGAUACAUGUUGCGGAGGAUUGGCUUGAAGAUGGGGCCCUUCCUGUUACUAGGUAGACUAGGGGUUUUUGAUGGAACAGUGGAAAAUAUGCAUCUUCAUUGGAAGUAUCGGGAACUUGUGAAGAUAAUAUGUAAACAAGGAAGCUGGGAAGAUGUCCAUCAGAUAGCUAAGACCUUAGAGGUAGAAAGUGGCGGAAUAUUAGUUGCAGUAGAGAGAGUGAACAAGGGCUAUGCAAUCAUUGUGUAUCGUGGAAAGAAUUAUAGUCGGCCUGGGAGUUUGAGGCCUCGAUCGUUAUUAAAUAAAAAGCAAGCACUGAAGCGCUCUAAAGAAGCACAGCGCUAUGAGACACUGAAGCUCCAUGUUUUGAAGCUAGAUAAGAAUAUAAACGAAUUGAAGCUUCAAAUGGUUAAAGAUAUGGAGGCAAACAAUAAGCAGACUUCUGUGGUUGACAAUCAACAAGAAAUGCAGGAGCAGUCAGUUGAGCUGAUUGAUGGUGGUGGAGCUCGUCAGGGUGAACCAGAAAAUUCCUUAAAUUGGAACAUUAAAGCUUCUGUUGAGAAUCAUCAAGCAAUACUGGAGCAGCCGAUUGAAGCUCGCCAAAGUGAACCAGAAAAUUCCAUAAACAGGAACUAUCCUAAAGAAUCUUCUGUUGACAAUCGACAAGCAUUACAGGGGCAGCCAGUUGGGCUGAUUGAUAGUGGUGACGCACGUCAAGUUGAACCAGUAACUUCCAUAAAUUGGAAUGCUCCUAAUGAAGCUUCUUUUGACAAUCACCAAGCAAUACAGGGGCAGCCAGUUGAACUGAUAAAUGGGAGUGAAGCUCAUCAAGGUGAACCAGAAUCCUUGUCUGGUUUGAUUCCUAAAGAAACAAAGGUGGAUGGAGUUGGAGUUGGUGAUUCUGUGGUUGAUACUAAGCAUUGCGUCUCUAAUAGCAAGGUAAUGAAAUCAUCAAUCACAGCAUCAAAGAGUUUUCCUGAAGCAUCAGCUCCAGGAACAGAUACGAGUUCAUUUGAGUUGCCUUCUAGAUCUGUAUAUCUUUCCAACAGAGAGAGACUUCUUCUACGGAAGCAGGCAUUGAAGAUGAGAAAGCGACCUGUCCUUGCAAUAGGAAAGAGCAACAUUGUUGCUGGUGUUGCGAAAGCAAUCAAAGCACACUUCCGGAGGCACCCUCUUGCCAUAGUUAACGUCAAAGGAAGGGCAAAAGGGACCUCAGCUCAGGAGUUGGUGCUCAAGCUAGAGCAAGCGACAGGUGGUGUUCUAGUCUCUCAGGAGCCUAACAAAGUCAUACUUUACAGGGGUUGGGGGGCAGGAGAGGAACCUAACACUGCCAUAAAUGUUAAUGAAGUGGGUAAAGAGGGCAAGGCAACGCCCAGGGUCUCUUCUGAAUUGUUGGAAGCAAUCAGAGUGGAAUGCGGGUUGCAGUGACAAACAGAACAUUGCAGCUCUUUACCGAUCAAGUUUUUACAAACAUGUUGCCGUGUUUUUUUCAUCAACAAUAAAGAUUUGCAGGAGGUAGAGCUACGAAGUCAGAGAGAGGAAAUUUGGGGAUUGUUGAUGAUGAAUAUUGAAAUUGUUUUAGGGGUUAGAGAACACCACACAGAAUCUGGAAAAGAAAUAAGAAAUGUACAAAAGGGUAGAGCCUCAAUUAUUCUUGAACCCGUUCUGAGUCCUCAAGUGAUGUGGAUAGGUAAACGGUCAGAGUCAACAAUCCACAGUUAAAGUCAAUUAUGUGAUGUGGCAAGUGACAUGGAUUAACAGUGACCAUAGCUGCUUUAGUAGGUGACUGGACGACGUGACACAAACAGCUUUAACUCACACGUGCGAGUGUGUGCCUGAUCAGGUUUUCAUAACAAUUUACGUCCUCACAGAUUAGAGGAUUCUAGCCAUGAUGAUGUAAUAUGUUCUUCAAAGUGAUGUCCAAAACCAGAGUAUGAGAACCUGUGUUUGAAUGAAUACAAAAGUUAAGAUGGUGAUGGGACAUGACAAUACUAUCAAAAUUAAUAAGAAAUAGAAUGAAAAGCAAAUUCCAGGGUAUUCAUAUUGGGAUGAUUUCCCUG